CAAAGACAUCAUUCACGAGCUGAUAGCCAUUCCCUGGGGCGCGCGAAUCAACAAAGCGCAGACAAAGUUCCUCUUCCCUAUACAGAGGAAUCCUAAACUUUGGAUAAACUUACAUAUCCUAAACAUUUCUCGCCCAGUAUCUACCUAAGGUCCCCCGAGUUGUUGCAUCUCCAAGUAUUCCUCGUCCUGCACAACUUCGAUCAGCAUCAUGGCCGAAUCCUUCAUCAAGCAGGAGCCCUUCAUCAAACCCGAUCCUGAGGCGCCUGGUUCUCCUGCGCAAGUCGACGAAGAAGAUCUGUAUGAAGAUGCCGGCGACCUCGAAUUCUACGAAAAAAACGCUGGCGCUUUCGAGCAACUCUACCUCGCGCGCGUUCCUCGAUACAUGUGGGAAGCUUGGUCUAAAUUGACGGAGCGACUCGGCGACGACGACGAGAUUCAAAUUGGCACUCUGCGAACAUGGAAUGAACAAAAGCCGGAUGGCAGCCUAGACACCAAACUUCGCAUGCUUCUCUCCGCCAACUGCCCAGAGCAUCAGGUGCUGCCUCGCGAAUAUGACCUAGUGGUCCAAGAACACAACGUUAGCAACCACUUCAUUUUCAGCGAGGAGGAUUUGCCCGGUUUCAAGGCGCGAAGCAAGGCGCGACAAGAGGCUGCUGAUGCUGGCAUCCCUGCCUCAUUGUUGAGGCAGAAACAAGGCAACAGCAACGGACCAGAACGUCCGAGCUACGACCGUAGGAGCCGAUAUCAACCAUACUAUCGAAAAGCUGUCCCGAAAAAGACAAAGAUCUUUGGCAAGAUUCACUAUGAUGUUCGUGUUGAACCCCACGGCAAAGAUGAGGAAGAGCGGGUGCUUCAGCAGAAGAUUCUGGAUGCAGAGGCGAACAAAUCCAAGGUCCAAAUCAUCAGUCGACACGCAGCUUCAGCCGUAGUGAACCCUGGAACUACCCGCGCAGCCGAAUUUGGAGACAGCUUCAUCAAAAACAUUGCUGCCACAGCCAAGCCAAAGAAGGGCGAGGUGUUCAAGGCAGCUCGUAUUCCAGAGAACCAGCUUCUGGAUCUCAUCUUCGAGUGUUUCCGCCAGUAUCAGUAUUGGUCAGUGAAGGCUUUGCGACAAAAGCUUCAACAGCCCGAACAAUACCUUCGACAGGUGCUCGAGAAGAUUGCUGUUCUCAACAAGAGUGGCCGGUUUGCCAACCAGUAUUGCCUGAGCGAUGCCUACCGCGACAAGGGUGGCGCAGAGGCCCAGGAGGCUGCUGCUGAACCUGUUGAUGACGACGAGGACGAUGCGGAGAUGGAGGAUGUGUUGCCCGUCUCCUAGUAUCAGCAUCGACGGACCUCUUAGAAGAGGACAAAAAGGGGCAAGAUUUCACUUCAAGGAUAACGAACAGAGGAUAUCAUUUAAUGUGGUGUUCGAAGGAUUCAGGGUAGGGUUUUUAGAGCGGCGAUACCCUUCUAGUCUUAUAGAUUACCAGUUGUAGUCAACCAUCUAGCGAAAUGCUUUGAGAGCUGUGAUUCGCUCGUCAACUGAAACCA